GAAGGGUGGGUUAGAGGGAGGGUUGAUUUCUACAGGGUGAUUUGAGUGUUCGUUCAGGGUAAGCUGGUCCAGUCAUCUGUAACUGUGAAGUUUGAUUCAUCAGGUGAUCAGUCGUCUAUAUCUGCCAGUCAUCAUGUUGAUUUUACUCGCUGCCAUUUUCAUCCUCCACAUUGCCUGUAUCACACUACUGCUCACCGCCACCAUACAUAAUGCGUGGUGGAUGACAGACACAAUUUCCACGGAUAUUUGGGCUCGUUGGAUUCUGAUGGGUGGACAGUGGAACUACACUCAAAUUCCUGCAUACUAUCCUCAAGAGUACCUGCAGGCGGUUCAGGCCAGUUCAAUACUCGCGUGCAUCUUCUGUAUUCUCAGCCUGUUUGUGUUCGUAGCACAGCUGUACACACUACCUAAAGGAAAACGCUUCUCGUUCACUGGAGCCUUCCAGCUGCUCGCAUGCUUGUGUAUAAUUAUCGCAGCGUCCAUCUACACCGACAUCUUCCAUAAAGACGAGCGUAACGGCUGGUAUGGAGCGUCCUUCAUUCUCGCCUGGAUCUCCGUCUGUCUCACCUUCAUUUCGUGUAUCAUCUACUUCGUUCUGCGCAAGAAAACCGCAGCGUGAACACACACACACACACACACACACACACACACACACACACACACACACACACACACACACACACACACACACACACAUGUUGUGUUUCCAUGUUUUAUGGGGACUUUCCAUAGACAUAAUGGUUUUUAUACUGUACAAACUUUAUAUUCUAUCCCCUAAACCUAACCCUACCCCUAAACCUAACCCUCACAGAAAACUUUCUGCAUUUUUACAUUUUCAAAAAACAUAAUUUAGUAUGAUUUAUAAGCUGUUUUCCUCAUGGGGACCGACAAAAUGUCCCCACAAGGUCAAAAAUUUCGGGUUUUACUAUCCUUAUGGGGACAUUUGGUCCCCACAAAGUGAUAAAUACACGCUCACACACACACACUCACUCACACACACACACACACACACACACACACACACACACACACACACACACACACACACACACACACACACACACACACA